AUGGCGGAACCCGACCCGCUCCGCCACCUCGGAUCCCCGCGGAGUCCGCCGCAGCCGCUGCUCAGGCAGUGCUCGUGGUCGCCGGACGUCCUCCGGGAAGUGGCCUGGACCAAUCGCCGCCGGAACCACCUCAUGCGGCGGCGCGAAGACGGCGACUUGACAGACGAUGACCUCGACGAGCUCCGCGGCUGCCUGGACCUGGGGUUCCGAUUCGACUCGCCCGAUCUGGACCCGAAACUCUCAUCCACCUUCCCUGCGCUCCGGCUGUACCGCGCCGUCUGCCGGCGGCAGUACGGCGGCGAGAUUUUCCGGUCGGCGUCGUGUCCCGCCGGUGCUGCCCAGCCAGUUAUUGAUCUAGGUGAGGAGUUUUAA